AUGUCUGCCAGUAUUACCCCCUCCGAAGAAGAGCUCAAGACUGCUCUUGUCGACCUUAGGGCUGAAAAUCCGACUCUCGGAAUCCCAAAACUUCAUGCACUGCUGCUGUCCAAGCAGCCCUCGUGGAUUGUUAGCGAAAAGCGCACGCGCAAGGUCGUGCAGAGCGCAGGUCUCACGGUCGAGCCCCCUCAGGGUAAAAAUGCGGACCCCACGCAGAUAUACCCGAGCUCGAAACUAGUCGAAACGCUGGACGUGACGAAAUGGACGCCCAAAGUAGCCGUGAAGUACUUUGGGAAAAGGAAAGGCAAGGGCUUGGUCGCCAAGGAAGCGAUAUCCGAGGGCGAAGUAGUGUGGAAGGAGGACCCGUUCAUCAUUGCGCCUGAAUGGGAUAUUUUCGACCUUCAGACGUCCUCUCGCGCUUGCGCAUUCUGCACGACACCUCUCUCCGAGUCUCCUCUCAUAACGCGAUGCCCUUCGACGUCGGUUUCCUCAUCAUCAUGCACCGCUCGUUUCUGCAACCGUCUCUGCCAAUCACGCUCUGCCAAGAUCCAUCCGCUUCUCUGUUCCUCCCAGAAUCCAGCUAGUGUUCCCCUCUUGGCUUUUGCCCGGCGUAGUUCCUGGAUGGGGCUGCACGCUCUCAUUCAUUGCACGGCUCGCAUCUUGCUUGCGGCGCAGAGUUCCGAUUCGAAAGUCCUGGAAGAGGACUGGAACAUCGUGAGUGCAUUGGCAGAACUCAGCAUGGAAGACCGCGCUAAGGGCGCAUGGUUCGGAGGGGCAGAACCUGAUCGCGCGACAUGGAAGAAGGCCCACCAACUGUUCACGCAAGCAUUCCAAUCGCCAGUCUCAGCUCCAGAUCAGAAGAAGCUUGCGCGUUUGCUGAAAAAUCCCAUCCCAGAAUCCAUCACCGAGAACAUCUUCCCAUACGACGCGUUCUUGCGUGGUCUCGGGCGCAUGAGCCUCAACUUGGAAGCACACGGCGGUCUCUAUACCCUACACUCUCAUCUCAAUCAUUCAUGCGCGCCCAAUCUAUCCGCGCGCCAUGCAGACCAACGGACUGCCCUCGCGCGACUGACCCUCAUCGCCCGCCGUAACAUCAAAGCUGGCGAGGAGCUCUCCGUCGCGUAUGUUGACCCUUCGCUCGGCGUUAAGCAGCGGAGAGAAGAGCUAGGCGGGUGGGGCUUCGGCCUGUGCGAGUGCGAAAAGUGUGUGAAAGAAGAAAAAGAAGUCGAGACGAAGGAUGAUGCGGAUUCUGGCGAUGCUGAUAUGGAGGAUUUGGAGAGAGAGCUGAAGAGGGGACUGGGGGUCAUGUGAUGGAACAAUAGCACGUCGUUGUUG